AUGACCUCCGCUAACAGCGGCGAUGGCCAGAGCAGCUCAACAAGGGCACACUUCACGCUAGUGCAACUGUUGGCGCAGGGCCACACCAUCCCCAGGAUCGACAUGGCGUGCCUGCUGGCAGAGCAUGGCGCGCAGGUCAGCUUCAUCACCACGCCGGUGAACGCCUCCAGGUUGGCAGGAUUUGCAGCCAAUGUGAAGGCGAUGUUCCUGGUGAUUCAGCUCGUGGAGCUCCAGUUCCCGGCCGCUGAGUUCGGCCUACCGGACGUUUGUGAGAACCUCGACAUGAUUCAUACCAUGGACCUGCUCUCAAAAUUCCUGAAGGCCAUCGGUGCGCUUCAGGAGCCGCUCAUAGCCCACCUCCGUGAGCAGCAGCACUCGCCUCCGAGCUGCAUCAUAUCUGACAUGAUAAACUGGUGGAGAAGUGACAUUGCCAGGGAGCUCGGCAUCCCGAGGCUCGCCAUUAUUGACUUUUGUGGUUUCUCAUCCCUAGUCAGGCACAUCACUUUUCAAACCAAUGUAUUUGACCAUGUCAAAGAUGAAAAUGAGCUCGUCAUGAUCACGGCGUUCCCAACACCACUAGAGUUGAAGAAGGCUAAAUCCCCUGGAGGCGUUUCCAUUCCUGGUGCGGACCAAAUCCAUGGCAUGAUCCUUGAGGAGACACUGAGAUGCGACGGUGAGGUCAUUAAAAACUUUCAGGAGCUUGAGGCAUUGUACAUCGAAUCGUUUGAGUAG